AUGGAGCUGACGUCGGUCAAGUAUAACUGUCAAGUUUUUCACUCGACGAACAGGGUUGCUAUUCAAUUAGAGCCGUCUUGUCUUCAAGCCGUGGAUGUUGCUGUUAUACCGAGGUAUGGUAUUAACGAUUCCAGAGACAGGGUUCUGGCUAUUAAGCAGAAUCUAGAGAAAAUGGGAAGAGCACCAUGCUGUGAGAAAGUAGGAUUAAAGAGAGGAAAGUGGACGACUGAAGAAGAUGAAAUAUUGACAAACUACAUUCAUGCACACGGCGAAGGCUCUUGGAGAUCUUUACCCAAGAAAGCAGGACUGCUUAGAUGUGGGAAGAGUUGUAGACUGAGAUGGGUAAAUUAUCUGAAGACCGACUUGAAGAAGGGGAACAUCACCCUGGAGGAGGAGGAGACCAUAAUUAAGUUACGAAAUGCCUUGGGAAAUAGGUGGUCCUUGAUAGCCAAGAACUUACCGGGACGAACAGACAAUGAAAUAAAGAAUCAUUGGAAUUCUCAUUUGAGACGAAAAAUUUACUGCUUUUCUCACCUGGGAAAAGAAUCCUUGUUGACCACCAUGCAUGUUGCAAGUAACAACAAUCCGGGUGAUUGCAAUAACAGUAUUCGAAAAGGCCGCCGGGGUCGAACAAGCCGAGCAGCCAUGAAAAAGAACAAAAACAUCACAUAUCCUACUACAAAACGGCCUCUUCCGUUGCCUAAAAAUACAGAGAAAUCUAGUACUACUAGUAAUAUUUCAAAUAUUAUUGUUUCAGGUGAAACCAAGGACAAAGAAAAGGAAGCGAUAGUCUUGGAGAAUUCGGAGCUAGAAAAAUGGCUAGAAAGAGAAUAUCCAGACUGGUGUAUUAUAUCCUCUCCUAAAGAGCAUGAUUCUUGCUUAGAUGGCAAAAUAUUGGAGAUUUACGAAGAAGGAUCUGGAAAUGUGUCAAGUACAAGUGAUGUUGUUGAAUUUGAAUCAGAACACAAGGACAGAGAAAAGGAAGCGAUAGUCUUAGACAAUUUGGAGCUAGAAAAAUGGCUAGAUAGAGAACUAAUGGGCCUAAAUGAUGUUAUUGGAGAUCAUGGGGUUGAGGAAUAUCCUGAGUGGUGUAUUACAGCCUCUCCUGAUGAGCAUGAUUCUUGUUUAGAUGGCAAAAUAUUGGAGAUUUACAAAGAAGGCUCUGGAGAUAUGUCAAGUACAAGUGAUGUUAUUGAAGCUGAAUCUGAAAACAAAGAUCAGAAUGAUGAUGAGUUAGCGAUGUUGGAUGCAGAAGAAUUGCUAGAUAAAGAAAUAAUGUGGCUUCGUAAUGUGCUUGUUGAUGAUCAAGGUGGGGUUUGGGGUGGUAAGAGGAUCCAAAAAUAA